AUGGAAGGGUACGGGUACGGGUCGGAUCACGGCCCAUACGGAAGUGAUAGAAGAGUCGAGAUUGUGAGCGGGAAAAGCUACGGUUUCAGUCAGAGCUACUACGCGAGUCGGACUGAGUUAUCUGGCGAGACGACUCAGGCGAGUCACGGCGGAGCGGCACCAGUGGCGAAGCCUUGGAGUUUCGGAGACGCGAAAACGAAGAGGAGAAAGAGAAUAGCGAGGUAUAAGGUUUAUGCGGUGGAGGGUAAGGUGAAGGCAACGCUCCGGGAUGGGAUCCGAUGGAUCAAACAUACGUGUUCUCGGAUUGUCCAUGGGUAUUGA